AAUGAGUUAAGAUAAAAAGUCCUUCUUUGAUUUCACAUCUCCUUUUGAGUUGAAAAGGCCAAUUGAAAUAUUUUAAAAAUCCUUAAAGGAUCAAUUUUACAUCUAAAAAAAUGACAAAUUUAAAUUAAAGACUUUAGUACUUCAACGAAAUUACUUGAUCAAAUUUAGUUCUAAGGUAUAAUGUAAUGUUAAAAUUUACAGAAACCAAGUUAAAAGUAUUUCAAUAUUACCAAUGCUUUACUUGAAUAAGUAAAGCAUCCAUAAAUGGGUCAUGGAAUUUAAAUAACAAAAAACGGAGAAAAUUUUACAUUUUAUGGUAUGGUGGACAAAUGGUACACCUAAUUAAAAAAAUGGUGCAUUUAACUAAACUUUUAGAAAGAGUACUGCAUGAUUAAAUUGGUUGGAAAGGGUAGUUUUGCUAAAGUAAAUAGAAAAAAUAAACAUUAGGUUUACAAAAUUUAAAGACUAAGUGAUAAAAAAGAGUUUGCUGUUAAACUAUUUGAUAAAACCACUUUUAAAUCUCAAGAUAGAGCAGCUUUGCUAAAAGAAAUUGAAUUAAUGAGAAUAAUGAAUCAUAAAAAUGUUGUUACAAUUCUUGAAACUUAUGAAAACGAGCAAUAUAUAUUUAUAAUUUAAGAGUUGUUUAAUGGUGGAGAGCUUCAACAAGAAUUGAAAAAAACUAGAACUUUUUCUGAAUAUGGGGCAUUUAUAGUUAUAUAAUAAGUAAUAGAAGCAUUGAAAUAUAUUCAUUCUCAUGGGAUUAUACAUAGAGACAUAAAACCUGAAAAUAUAAUUUUAAGAGAGGAAGGAAUGAUAGAAUAGGUUGUUUUAGCUGAUUUUGGUUUAGCAGAUUACUUUAGAAAGGAUUGUAAAUAUAUGUUUACAAGAUGUGGUACCCCUGGAUUUGUGGCACCAGAAUUAUUACAAGAUAAAAUUUAUGAUUAUAAAGUUGAUAUAUAUAGUUGUGGAAUACUGUUCUACUAUUUAUUAUUAGGCAAGGGUCCAUUCGAUUCAAAUAAUUAUGAUUAGACAGUUAUGGCAAAUUUUAAUGGAUGGGUUGAUUUAACUAAAAUUCAAUUUUCUAUUGAAUGUCUUGAAUUAUUAAGAGGAAUGCUAGAUCCAAAUCCUAUCAAAAGAUAUUCAAUUGAAUAAAUUCAAUAAAGUUCAUUCUUUGCAAAACAUUCAACAGUUUUCUAAUAAUACGCAAGUUAAAGUAGUUUAGGUAGUAUUCCAUCAUAAGGGGAUUCACGAACUAUAUCCCCAUAAUAAAGUCCUAAUUUGGAGCCAAAGAAAUCACCAAGUGAUCUUAAAAGUAGAUUUGCGAAUUCGGAAGUAUCACCAUUGCAAUCACCAGUAAGAAUAAAUACAACAAGUUUCUCUCCUUUAUCAGCUCCAUUCGGAAAAACUUAAAACUUACAAAGGAUACCAAUAUAAAUAUGAAUUAAAUAUAUAUAUCGAG